AUGCUGUUUGCUUCAGUUAUCAAAGCUAUCGCUCUGACGGCAGUUGUCGUUCAUGGAAGAGAGCUCCCCAAAGAUGAGGCUCGCGCUGCCCAGCUCUACGACUCUGGUAUCAUCCACGACAGACUCAUGUCUGCGAAGAUUGCUCACUGGGAAGCCGAAGAAGCUGUCGGCCUCAUGAACUCAUCUCAAUGGCCUAGACUAGGCUACACCAAGUGCGUCGAUGGCUACGCCGAGGCCCUUCCGGAUAGCCCAUUGCACAACUUCAGAUGCAAAAAUAUGGAUCUCUAUGACUUCAUUAAUCACGCCGAACUGGGCUCACCAAAUGCCGAUUACCGCGGCAAGAGUGGAAGCUCUUCAUGGGGAUGGACGGAUCCUGAAUCUGGCCGCGAGUUCAUUGUCAGCGGCAUGUUUGACGGAUGUGCAUUUAUCGAGAUCCUGCCCGAGGGCAAGAUGCUCAACCUUGGAUUCCUGCCAACGUACUCGCCCGUCGGCAACAGGGCAUAUUGGCAUGAAAUCCGCCCGUAUCACAACUACAUGCUCAUUGGCUCUGAGCUUGAGGGCCAUGGUAUUCAAAUAUUUGACAUGACGAAGCUCUUGAAUAUCGACCCUACCGAGGCACCCAUUCUGUUCACCAACGAGAAUGACUUGACUGGUCACUUCAUCGAAUCUCUCCCACUGGGGCGCAGCCAUAAUGUUGUCGUCAACGAGGAGGCCAAGUACGCUGUUGCUGUCGGUGUUCAGCCCCGUGCAGAGGGCUGCAUGGGUGGCCUACACUUCUUCAGUCUUGAGGACCCUAGCAACCCCAUUGCCCUGGGCUGCGAUGGCCAAGAUGGAUAUGUUCACGACGCGCAAUGCCUCAUCUACAGAGGUCCUGAUGCCAAGUACCAAGGCCGCGAUAUCUGCUAUGGCUACAACGAGGACACUUUGACUAUCUACGAUGUUUCCGAUAAGAAGAACUCAAAGAUCAUUUCCCGCACGAGCUACGAGGGCGCAACAUUCACGCACCAAGGUUGGGUCAACGAUGUGAACUGGCAAGAGUGGCUUUUUAUGGAUGACGAGUACGAUGAGGAUGACCUGGCCGGCCCUGCCGCCGACGGAUACCCCGUCACGUACAUUUGGGACAUCAGAUCCCUCGAUUCCCCCAAACAGACCGGUCUGUUCAAGCACACCGUGAAAGGAAUCGACCACAACCAAUAUGUCGUUGGCGACCUUCUCGUUCAAUCAAACUACGGCGCCGGUGUAAGAGUCUGGGACGUCUCAUCCGUGCCUCAAGACCCCACGGGAAGAAGCGUCUGCGAGAUUGCGUACUUCGACAUCUACCCCGAAGACGACUCCCUCCCAGGAGGCGGAGCUAUUCAGUUCUCUGGCACAUGGUCAUCCUAUGCCUACUUCAAAUCAGGGUUCAUCUUCGUGAAUACGAUCGAGCGCGGGGCGUACUUGGUGAAGAUGACGAAGAUGGAGGCUUGCAAGCCCAAGACAUGCAAUGCAGACAACUGCCUGCGUGCUCUCAGAGCCUCCAGUGUUCCGGGUCGGUUGGAGGAAAGCCAGAACUUCUGUGGCGAGUUUACAAAGACUGUUAUUGCCGAUGUGACAGUGGUGCCUGCUUAUGCCUCUGACGCAUGCCCGACUAAUGUCAUUUCGCGUGUGAGCUCGGCCUGCUCCUGUUUGCCCACGCCUACCGCUUGA